AUGGCAGUCUCAAAAUCAGAAUCAGAAUCAGAAUCAGAAUCAGCCUCAGACUCACAGACCAUCCCGUUGGUCUCGUUUGAUAGAUUCCUCACAGGCGAUCGGACGGCUCAAAAGGCCGUGGCGAGGGAGGUGUACGACGCGUUCUCGGGCGUCGGGUUCGUGUAUCUUCGCGGGCAUGGCAUUGCGCAGGGGAGGGUCGAUGAGAUUUUUGAGUUGGCCCAGAAAUUCUUCUCCCUCCCCCUAGAAGCCAAGCUCAAGUAUAAACUCUCCGACGCGCACGUCAACCAGGGAUACACGGCCGACGGCGCCGAAGGGAUCAACGACCACAAGGAAUGCUACGAGCACCGGCGGUUCGCGAACGAUCUGUGUCCCUCGGACGAGGCCCUCUCAGGCUUCAAGUCCACCCUCGACCUCUUCUACCAGCAGUGCUUCGUGCUCGCGAUGAAUGUGCUCAAGUGUCUGGCCAUGGUGAUGGACCUGGGCGACGACUUUUUCGACGCCAUCACCAAGCGCGCAGACCCCCAGCUACGCCUCCUCCACUACCCAGCCAUUGAGAGGAAAGUGGUCGAACAAGAAGGCCACGCGCGGAUCAACGCCCACACCGACUUUGGGCUCUGCACGUUACUCUUCCAGGAUAACAUCGGCGGGUUGGAAAUCGAUCCCAAGCAUGAUGGGAAUUUCGUGCCCGCGCCGCCUAUCGAGGGAACGGUGCUCAUCAACAUUGCCGAUCUGCUGGUUAGGUUCACGAACGGGAGGGUCAAGUCCACGCGGCACAGGGUGGUGAGUCCGUCGCUGGAGAGGUUUCCUGGAAAGGUGAUACCCGCGCGGUUUAGCAUUCCGUUCUUUGUGCAUCCGGAUCCCGAAACCUUGAUUGACCCGAUCUUGUUAAAUCAGGGGGAGCAGAAGCUGUACGAGCCGGUCAACGCGGGGGAGUGGCGCGUCUGGAACACCUCGAAGGAUUAUCGGCUGAAGGCGGAUGAUGGGCAGGAGGUGAGGCUGAGGAGGGUCGCGGUUGCGACGUGA